GUUAAAAUGGGUAGGUCCAACCUCAAGUGUGGGGUAAUGGUCUUUCUCUUCAAAGUGAAGAAUACCGGCUGGCAGAAAUAACGCUCAUCGUGCCCCAGUAGUCGCAAGAAGGAAGCACGCAUCAAAACUCCCCACACCAGCCCCCUCCCUCAUGAGUAAAGCGAACAAGCGCCGAGAGACGGACGUCAUGAAGCUCAUGAUGAGCGACUAUGAGGUGCAUCUGACGGACGAGACUAGGACCAGCGACCUCGACGUCAAGUUCCAUGGCCCGAAAGACACCCCGUACGAAGGAGGCUCCUGGAAGAUCCACGUGACACUGCCCAAGGAUUACCCUUUCAAGUCCCCAUCCAUUGGCUUUGUGAACCGCAUUUACCAUCCGAAUGUGGACGAAACGUACGAUCAUGAUUAUCUCCCCCCAACUUACCUACAUAGGCUGAUAGUUCUUGUGUCAUUGACUACCAGAUCUGGAUCUGUGUGUCUGGAUGUGAUCAACCAAACGUGGAGCCCAAUGUUCGGUGAGUACAAUUUAUGAUAUAGUCGUGUGAGGGGGUAAACUGAAUGGACCUGCUGAUUGUUUGUUGUUGUUGUUAGAGCUGGUCAACAUUUUCGACAUGUUCAUCCCACAACUGCUCCGAUACCCGAACCCAAGUGACCCACUGAACGGUGAGGCCGCCUCGCUGCUCAUGAAGGACGCCGAGUCGUACAAUAGAAAAGUCAAAGAAUAUGUGCGGAACUACGCCUCGCAGCCCAUUGAGAUGGGAAACGAGGAAGACGACAGCGAUGUCAGCGAUAUGAGCGACAUUGAGUAGUGGCUGGCCAUCCAACCUCUUGACACUCUUCAGUAGACCGACCGAUCUGGCGCAUGCUGCUUGCAUCAUGGACAAUUAUUCGCGACGCCACUUCCAACAUAAACCAGAUUUAUCCUGUCGCCCCGCUGCAUGUCCCGAAUGUUUCAUUUCGUUAUUCCUCUCCAUGUCGUAACAAAAAGAAAGGAAUAGCAUUUCAUUGUUUUUAUUUCGCAUAUGCAUCCGUGUGGGGGUACUCGCAUUUACUUGGAAAGGAAGUUGGAAGCAUCCGCUUUUCUCUGAAUGUAAUGAGCGUUCCUGCGAAGCCGAUCGCUCAUGUUGCUUUCACCAUCCAGGUAAGCUUCUGAGUGCAGUUUUCUACAACGACAAUUAAGUGAAUAGUUAGUGGCAAUUCAAUGAGAACGUGUAAAUAAAGGAUCGAUGCCGUACCUGAGGAAU